CGAAAGCGAAUGCGGACGACGGUGGGCAGAGAGUGCGACCGAGCCCCGAGCCGGAAAAAUCGGGGUGAGAUGCACCCUCGCCACCAUCGUCGCUCUCAAUCGGCCGCGACGCUUCCACCUGGAAGCACGGCUACUCCACGCUAACCGGCUCGACGUCUCGUUCACCAGCGAUUCAUCAAUUCCGAGGGGCCGACUUCUCUAUCGUGUGCUCGCACGUUCGAUCGACUUUGCCCUACCGAUCCAUCUUCAACGCCAUAGAUUAUCCAACGAACCAAGACGAGUGACUCAUAGAAGAAGGAUGGGUGGUGGAGAAUGGAGCGGCUGGUUGCAACGAUGUCGAGAAUCGCGAAAGCUGGUUCUCAUAAUCGUUGCCAUCGCUCUGCUCUUAGACAAUAUGCUUUUGACCACGGUUGUGCCCAUUAUACCGGAGUUUCUAUACGACAUCAAGCAUCCUAACGCAACCUUGAGUCAGCAUCUGAAUGAGGGUGGUUCCCGUCGAACGUUCACCGGUGUUCAACCAACGAGCGGUAAUAUCAUCACGUCUACGAGUCCGAGUGUAACAACUACGCCGAAAUGUCCUUGUGCUGUGACCAAAUCGAAUGAUUCUCAAUUGGAGUUUCUUUAUGUGAGCACGCCUUCUAGCAUCGAGUCGAGCGGUUUGCUUGAGAGUACGAAUAGCGGCGAAAUAAAUUCGCCAACGGAAGAUCCGGAUGAAAAGGCGCAACGACAUCGCGAGUUGUUGCAAGAAACGACUGCUGUUGGUUUAAUGUUCGCUUCCAAGGCUUUCGUUCAAUUGCUGGCAAAUCCAAUCGUCGGUCCGCUUACCCACAAAAUCGGUUAUAGCAUACCUAUGUUCACCGGCUUCAUCAUUAUGUUCCUUUCUACACUAAUAUUUGCGUUUGGACGAAGCUACGGAAUUCUUUUCUUAGCGAGGGCGCUUCAGGGAAUCGGCUCUUCGUGUUCCAGCGUUUCAGGUAUGGGAAUGUUGGCCGAAAGAUACCAAGACGACAAGGAACGUGGUAACGCGAUGGGUAUUGCACUCGGUGGAUUGGCUCUUGGUGUUCUCAUCGGGCCUCCAUUUGGCGGCGCGAUGUACGAAUAUGUCGGAAAAUCUGCUCCAUUCUUAGUACUUUCGGCAUUGGCCCUUGGCGACGGAAUUCUGCAACUUCUGGUGCUUCAACCGUCUGUCGUGUACACCGAAGCGGAACCACCGUCUCUCAAAUCUCUGGUCACCGAUCCUUACAUCUCUUUAGCUGCUGGUGCUAUUACGUUCGCCAAUAUGGGUAUUGCAAUGCUAGAACCCAGUCUUCCUAUCUGGAUGAUGGACACGAUGGAUGCGAGUAGAUGGGAGCAAGGUGCUGCGUUUCUACCGGCAAGCAUUAGUUAUCUGAUCGGUACUAAUCUUUUCGGACCACUCGGACAUAGAAUGGGCAGGUGGUUAGCUGCAUUGAUUGGGCUAGUCGUGAUCGGCAUUUGCUUGAUGUGCAUACCGCUGGCUAAAAGUAUCCAUCAUCUGAUUGUACCUAAUGCAGGCUUGGGAUUCGCUAUCGGAAUGGUGGAUAGUUCGAUGAUGCCGGAAUUGGGUUACUUAGUCGACAUACGACACACCGCCGUCUAUGGAAGUGUAUAUGCUAUCGGAGAUGUUGCGUUUUGUUUAGGUUUUGCCGUUGGACCUGCUUUGAGUGGUACGUUAGUCAACAGUAUUGGCUUUGAAUGGAUGUUAUUUGGCAUUGCCAUUUUGAACUUUAUUUAUGCUCCACUGAUGUACUUUUUGCGGGCGCCGCCAACGAAAGAGGAACAGAAGUCGUUGAUAAUUGGCGAAAAGUCGUCUGUGCGCUACGUAACGUACCAGAAUGAGGAAGAGGAACAGUAAAUGGACGGAUAUUUCUGAACACAGGAUAGCGGCGUGCAUUUCGUUCUCUACAUUCUUGAAGAUGGAACAACGAGUUAAAUGUAAUACGGAAAAUCUCUAUGUUAAUAACGUUUCAAGAAAUCUAGAUAGGCAAAGCAUUAUUAUGUAUCCCUUUGUCUAGCGUAAACUGUAUAUACACGUAAUAUUAGAUCGUAAGAAUAAGUGUGUGCGUUCAAGAGAAUCGUAUACGUCGAUGACACGUAGCUAACAUCGAUAAAUUAUACUUACGUCGAAUUGAUCGAGGCACCGAGGCAAAAAUACAUCGAUAUAACGAACACGUGUGUAGCUUAAACGCACGAUGCCCAAGAUUGGGAUGUUGUCCUGUCGUGAAAAGCAAACUAUGCGAAAUUUCAACCGCUCGAGUCAUUGUCGAUGUUUCAAAGAGUAUCAAUUUCCUAAAGAAAGAAGAAAAUUAUUUACUCGGAGAACCGCCUGCUUUGGAUUCCCUGAAUGGCUGCAGGGAAACCAUGCGAUAAUGGCGAGCAGGCACGAUGAAGAGUUCUCGAAAUUACAUUAGAUCGAAUUCUGAAUUAGCAUUGAAUCGACCAUGAGAAGUGGUUUGAUUACCCUUUGCGUAAGCAUACUUACGAAGCGUGUAAUGCCUUAAGGAUUGGAGAUUCGCGAGUUUGUGUUUAACGAAUUAGGAUAAAGACCGAAUUUCGACACGUUCUUUCGCACGAUGCAUGAUACUCGUCAGAUCGAUCCGCUGACGAGUAUUUUCGUUGUGCUCUGCGAUAGAUUAUUCGCCAGUAACCAAAGAGAAAUAUUCCUCCGACGUGGAGGAAAUAUAUUCAAACCAAAACGAAACUAUAAUUAUCGAAGGAUGAGUCAACAGCGUUCAACGAAUUUGCAAAUUACACGAUAAACUUAAUGUGAGUUCGCGACGGAAAACUCUAACAAGAAAAUGUUUGUGCUUCCUUUUUCUGUGCGUGUAAUGCUUUCCGACGAUCAAGUCGAUUCCUUUUUGUCCGUUGUGAGUGUUUAUAAUAGGUAUUAAACGAAUUAAAAUAUAGAAACGUAGGAACCAAACUCGUAUAUUACGCGUUCUCUCUUCUAAUAAUUCUAUGUAGACAAUACACAAUCCAUAUAUACACGCGCGCGUAUAAUAUAUUAGCUAUAGGUAGGACAUAUCUAUAGAGAUAUAUCAUAGAACGUAUAUAUCGUUUACUUAUAUCGCUACAAAAUAUGCUAAAGCUCGUUGAUCAUUGUAUAAUUGUUGUUUGCUCGUGGAAAAUGCAUAAAGUCGUUACGAACAAAAGUUAUAUGAUUAUAAAUAUGUUUGGAUUCUAAGCUACUGCGAAUGCGUAUGGAAAUUAACAAAAAUACGGAUCGUGUCGUUGUAUGUUAGAUGAAUCUCGAGUGCGAGGUUACCACGAUUGAAUUUCGUGAUACAUAUUUUCCGAUAAGAAAAAUAUUAUAUAUCUCUGUAGUAGUGUUGUAGAACGUUUGAAUUCAUGAUGUUGCCGAACCUGUACAAAAGUAUGUAUUAUGUUAAUAUACAUAUAAUAAUGCUAUAUAUAGCAGAAGGGUUGCAACGAGAUGAAAUAUAAUAUGGAAUACAUAUACAUAUAUAGAAUUGUAUUCUAUUCAAGAGAGAGAGACAGUUUUCCACCGCGAAUUCCGUGAAUUCUUGAGGUUGCGUUACGUUGUCACGCGAACGCCGACCUACUCCCGAUAUGAAACGCGAGUCAAUUCGAUUUGCAAAUUCACCGCGAACGUUUGCUACGACCGAGCGUACUCGAGAGGAAAAGGUAACAGAGUAGGGGCAUCGUGUUCACAAAAGUGGAUCGAGAUCUCGAGCGAUUUCCAGAACCGAGUGUAACGAGCCAAUGAGGUUAAAGAAACGUACGAAUUGUCAUCCUUGCAUUGAUAUAUCGUUAUAAAUUAUCUGUAUUAAUGUUACAAUGCAACAUAUAUUCUCGUUAAGGAUUCUUUACAUUUCUGUAAAUAUAGAAAACGUACGUAUGUAUUUAAGGAGCAAUUAUAACAGAAUGUAGUUAACAUUUACGGGUCAACUUCAUUAUUAAUCAACAACGAUUUACCAGCUUCUUCAUUUCCAUAUUCUUCUUUUUCUAGACUAUGAUUUAACCGAGAUGAAAAAUCUAUCGCGUAUGAUAGAACUUCGACCAUGAUGUAUAAUUAUUAGAUUGCGGAUAUUUAUGCAAAUUCAUAUUUUUAUGAAUAUGUACAUGUUAGAAAAUCGAGCUUAAAUGGUUCUAUUGUCUGAAUAUCAUAGCAAAUGCCCUACUUUCGAUGUUUUAUAUAUCUUCAUAUGCUAUAUGUACUGUGUCCAUUAUUGUACCUUUAAAUUUGGCAUAAGUACAUAAAAAUCCACAGUCUAGUAAUUAUGAUCUAUUAUUACACUCAUCUGAUGUUAUCUCGCUUUUGCAACAUUUUGUCUUAGCGUUCCAUGUCGGAUGAAUUGAAAGCGAUUGCUGCUAUUGCAAACAGACAAUAAGCGAUAUCAUGAAACGUGAAAGUUUCUUGGCACACGAAAUCGCGGAAACAAACGGUCGUUUUAAUCGUUGUUUGAUGAAACCUUCUCUUUGAUAAAUAAUGCGUCCUUGAACCAUUUGGGCUUGACAAGUUGUUAAAUGUCGUUGAAAGUGGGUUUCAUUGAAUUUAGACGAAGCCAGAACGAACAACAGACGUCUCACAUAUAUCUAAGUGUGCAUAAUUCUAUCUCCAACGGGCAUUGCGUGCAGGCAUAAGCCAAUAAAUUACCAAUACAUUUUCCUUCCUCCUCUGUCCUCUGUCAUUGUAACGUAUAUACAUAUAUGCAUAUAAUAUUUAACCAGCUGGUGUAUGGGUCCGAUUUAAUCUGUCUGUGUAGUCGUCGAAAAACAGCGAGACUCAAGAAGGAGAAAGGUAAUUUUUAUUCUUGAUAAGCGAUGCAAUUGUAUUGUGUGUGCGUACGUGUGUGUGUACUUAUGUAAAGUUGUACCGAACUUUUGAAGUACGUAAAGUGCAUGUAUUUGCGAAGGGAAUAUUAUAUGGCAAGGGAAUUAGAACGCGCACGUAAAUCGACUCUGAAAAUCGUCAGUUUUUCGCCCAACAAUAUUGAUGUCCGAACGCGAUGCUCCAAAACAUUACGAAUUUUUAUCUCAUAAGAUCGCUACGAACACGAGGCAACCUUAUUUCAAAUGAAUCGAGUGUUAUUCGACGUCAUUUGUCGUUGAAACGCAUGAUAUGUUUAUGUGUAUGUUGUUCAAUAAUAUGUAUUUAAAUAAACAUUUACGUGUUUAACGUGAAAAA